AUGGAUUUUAUAACCUCUGCUGUUACAGGGUUGUCUAACGAAGCCGAUGAAAUUCGUAAACAUAACACCGAUCGAGUGUUUGUGACAGGGACCACUAUGGUCUAGAUGACAUUUUAAGCCGUCAAAGGACUAGAACUCACUUUCAAGAUUAAUACCAACAAGGGAAUCCUCCAGCAUCAACAUGAAGCGCCUUUAUCUUGUGGAGCCAGUGGUGGCCCUGUAUGCUUUUAGCAGUUUUCUCAUUUACCCACUUGUGCAGCAAUACAUCUACCGCAGGCUGUGGCUGCAGCUGACCAACACCGCCUAUCCCAUCUCCAGCAACAGCUCUAGAUGUGCACCAAGUAACAGUAGCAGCAACCAGACCGACUUCCAUAAGGAGGUACAGAAGCAGGCAUCCCUGUUCUCCAUGUAUUCAGAGCUUCUCUCCACGAUCCCAUCCUUGAUCGUCACACUCCUGCUGGUGGCUUACAGCGACCGAGGAGGACGCAAGAUCACCAUCAUCAUGCCUUUGAUUGGCUCACUGAUCUAUGCUUCGUCCUUCCUGACGGUGUCCUUCUUUGAGCUGAACAUCUAUUUGCUGAUUGGCUCAUCGUUUCUCAGCUCUCUGUUUGGGGGUUUGGGAACGUUUCUCGGGGGCUGCUUUGCUUAUAUAGCCGACUUGUGCAAGAACGAACGUCAGAGAACCUUGCGCAUGGCUGGAGUGGACAUGAUGAUUGGACUGUUGUCAGGGGUGGCUGCAAUAUCAACAGGCUACUUUCUAAGAGCAGCUGGUUUUAACUGGCCAUUUCUAACCUCAUUGUUGUGCCAGUGUCUGACCCUACUUUAUGCAAUUUUCAUCCUAGAAGAGACAGUGAAAGCUCCCAACGAAGGUGAUAUUUUCGACGAAUCUACCCGACGACAUGCACUUAAAUAUAUGGUCUGUGGUGUCUACCAGACCUUUUCAGGACUUACCUCUAAGUGUAAAAUCCUUCUGGCCCUCAUGAUGUUCAUCUUUACCAGCUUUUCCUUUGCCUACGUUGGAGGCAUUUCUUUGGUGACGCUGUAUGAACUAAACGAGCCCCUCUGCUGGAAUGAGGUUUUGAUCGGCUAUGGUUCAGCCCUGUCCACCACGGUGUUCCUGACAAGUUUUGCAGGAGUGGCAGCGCUCACAUACUGCCGUGUUCCACAGCUUCUCAUCAUCCUCCUGGGGAUCCUGUCCGUCGCAUCUGGCAUGAUCCUGAUGUCAUUUGCAAAGACCACUGUGCUGAUGUUCAUAGUGAGAAUACCAAUGCUGCUAUCUAUCAUGCCUUUCCCCGUUUUGCGCUCCAUGAUGUCAAAGAAUAUCUCCAAAUCGGAGCAGGGAGCCCUGUUUGCCUGCCUUUCUUUUCUGGAGAGUUUAACCAAUAAUGUGUCUUCUGGAGUCUUCAACAGCAUUUAUGCUGCCACUGUGGCCUGGUACCCUGGAUUUGUCUUCAUCCUAUCUGCAGGGCUCUGUUUUAUUCCCUUAUCUGCCCUUGGGGUGGUUGCUCUGAUUGGAACAGAUGUUUCCACUGAGAUCGGAAGACCAGAGACUUUCACCUCAGGAGAGGCAACGAAUGCAGAGGAAGAUCAGGAAGACAGGCCGCUGCUUAGCUGAGGGUUUGGACAACAUGCAUAAAAACAAAAACCCUUACAUAUUUUCCUGUACAUUCAGAUAUAUUUAUAAAAUUGAGAAAAUAUGCACUUAUUUAGACCUCGAAAGUACCGGUGAUGCACAGUGUUGUAUUUCUGACCAAAAUGCUUUAAUUUCCUGUUUCUAUUUUCACUUCUGUGGCUGAUCUCGAAUUUACAAUUUUAAAUUCAGCUUUUGAUAUAGUUUUGAAGUUCGUGGUGUUAAAAGACUUUCGGAAGCCCUUUUUGCAUCACAGACACAGAUUGAAGUGAAGUAUUUCUAGUAUACAUACUUUUUGAAGCAAUAAACCCCAAAAAGGAGAAUGUAAAGUUAAUACCAAAAGGGAAAAAAGCAACAGAAAUGUCUAGAAGGAUUUUUAAAGGUUUUUUUUUUUUAUGUUUGAAUUUGUGUCUUUGAAUUUUUGUCAAGAGGUGGUUGACAAUUUUUUUUUAUUAGUUGAACACAAUCUGACUGGCUGUGAGUACCGUAAUCAUAUCUCUUUUCAUGGCUUUAAUAGCGUUUUAAAUGCAAUUUGGUGGUUGUUUACCAUAGUUUUACUUUUUUGGGAUGGUGUGAUGCUUUGUUUUGUUGUCUGGUUAAAGAAAUAGGUCUAAACUUAAGUAUGAUUUUUUUUAAAUCAUGAAUAAAAUUGUAAAAAUCUGGGUUUCUAGUCAGUGGUUCUGUAGCUAUAAUAUAAUUAUAUCUUUUUCACUUAAAAGAUCAAAAUAAUUUGCUCUCAGGCAUUUGAGUGCACAGAUUUUCUGGCAGUUUUUCUGAUAAUCCUUACUAAAUGUGGACAAAAAUAUUAUUUGUGCACACAGCUUUACAAAACAUUUCUUCUGCAUCUUGUUGAAUUCUAUGUUUCUGCUUUAGUUUGCACAUUUGCGCUCUUUCUUCUGCUAAGUGGAAUAUGGUGAUAAUUGUAACUUUUUCUGCCCUUUUCCUAUUUUCAUUUUGAAAUGUCAUUAUGACAUUUUUGAAUCUUUUGAUUUGAGGAAUAUUUGUCCACUAAUUCUGUCUUUAAACUUUUUACUCUAUGCAACUUGCAUACGAAAUGAUGUAGAAAUCAGAAAAUGUUGUUUUGAUUGAACUUCUCUGCACUUUAUGCACAAUAGUUCACCUAUUGUGGAGAAUAAUUUUUGUUAUUCAAUAGUUACAAACAUUGUUUGCAUUAUUCAUAUGAACGUAAAAGAAAAGAAAACAAGGGAUUUGUCUUUUUUAAGGGAAACUGUUUGCAGAAAUGUUUUUGCCUCAUUUAAAAAAAUAUUUAUAAUGAAAAAGAUUUGGAGAAAAACGUUACUUGAUUAAAGCUAUGCACCUUUAAAAUGUAGAGAAAAAUUGACCCUACUGCGUUCUUUAUUGAAUUUGAACAUUUAAAAUUAUUAUUUUUUUCCUUUUUACCUGACUGAACCGGAAGGAAUGACCAGUUUGAUUCUCAUCAUAAAACAAACUUGCUGUAUUUGUAAUUAGCAAAUGCGCCAUGUUAAUAAAGUUUUAACAUCUUUUGUUCUAGAUUGAUAACCACACAAAGGGUUCUAAGGUCAAAAAGUAAUGUGCUAAAUACAUUUCUAAGAAUCUCUACUUUAAGAAAAAAGUACUUAGAAAAAAGUAAAAGCACAUACAUCCUUCUGAAAAAAAGACAGUGCUUUGUGUUUCAAAGACUUUUAUUUUGUAUUGAGUUGGCUAAAGUAUUUUUACUUUGAAAUAAAUUUGUUCUUUUAUUUUUA